UUAAAAAAAAAAAUGGGAAAGCAACGCGGUAACCGCCACAGAGAAACCCUACCAAAACCUCUCUCGCUGCGACUUCUGUUUCGUUCCCUUCCUCUGAAAUCUCUCUGUUAAUGGCUUCUUUCUUGUCAUCCAAGCCAGAUUAAUAGAUUCCCUUCGCUUCGCUGUUCGUAUCAAGAUCCACAAUCUUAACUCUUCUCUGCAGUUGAGUUCAAUUUUCGAGACGAAGAAGAAAUGGCAAGAGCCACUAGUGCGGGGCUUAUCUCGGCCUUAGCCUCCGCAGCAUUGGGCGUCGACCAUGCCUACGCCGACGGCCCUUUCAGCUUCUCUCCAUUCUCCUCGUCUCCGAAAACUUCCCCCGAAUCUCCCCCUGCGACGUCGUCCCAAGCGUCGGAGCCGCCGCCGAAUGCCGAGCCUCCGAGGGUUCGCAAUGACAACCCGAGGACUACGUCCGCUGGGUUCGAUCCCGAGGCGCUUGAGAGGGGUGCUAAGGCCCUGAAAGAGAUUAGCACCUCGACUCAUGGCAAAAGGGUUUUCGACGUAAUGAAAAAGCAAGAAGAGACAAGGCAGACGGAAUUGGCUGCGAAGGCUGCGGAGUUUAAAGCUUUGAAAACGCAGGCUGAAAAUGAGAGACAACAAGUGAUUUACAAUGAACAGAAAAAUCUGGCCCAGCAACAGGCACAGAUAAAAUCACAGAUGGCUCGCUAUGAGGAUGAAUUGGCAAGGAAGAGAAUGCAGGCAGAAAAUGAACAUCAAAGAUCAAGAAAUCGAGAGCUUGUAAAGAUGCAGGAAGAAUCAGCCAUCAGACAAGAGCAAGCCCGGAGAGCAAGUGAAGAACAGAUUCAAGCGCAACGUCGGCAAACAGAAAGGGAGAAAGCUGAAAUUGAACGUGAAACAAUAAGGGUCAAGGCUAUGGCAGAAGCAGAAGGGAGGGCCCAUGAAGUGAAACUUUCUGAAGAGGUUAACAGGCGAAUGCUAGUAGAGCGUGCAAAUGUGGAAAGAGAGAAAUGGGUGGCUGCCAUAAACACAACUUUUGAUCACAUUGGAAGUGGACUACGGGCUAUUUUAACUGAUCAAAAUAAGCUAGUUGCCGCAGUAGGGGGAGUGACGGCUCUAGCAGCAGGGAUCUACACAACAAGAGAAGGUGCAAGAGUGAUAUGGAGCUAUGUGGACAGAAUAUUAGGACAACCAUCUUUAAUCAGAGAGUCAUCCCGAGGAAAAUACCCAUGGUCAGGAUUGUUUUCUCGUGGUAUGAGCACUCUAUCACAUAGGAACAAUAAAGCAUCUGCCUCAAAUAAUGGAAAUGGAUUUGGUGAUGUUAUAUUAAACCCUUCUCUUCAAAAACGAAUUCAGCAACUGGCUGGUGCUACUGCAAAUACAAAAUCGCACAAGGCACCAUUUAGGAAUAUGCUCUUUUAUGGUCCUCCUGGAACCGGGAAAACAAUGGCUGCUAGAGAACUGGCAGGCAAAUCUGGGCUGGAUUAUGCAUUGAUGACUGGUGGAGAUGUCGCACCACUGGGUCCACAGGCUGUAACCAAGAUACAUCAGUUGUUUGAUUGGGCCAAGAAAUCCAAUAAGGGCUUACUGCUUUUUAUUGAUGAAGCAGAUGCAUUUUUGUGCGAGCGAAACAAAACCUAUAUGAGUGAAGCUCAAAGGAGUGCCCUAAAUGCCCUCCUUUUCCGCACAGGUGACCAGUCAAAGGACAUAGUCCUUGCCCUUGCUACAAACCGUCCUGGUGAUCUUGAUUCAGCUGUGGCAGAUCGUAUCGAUGAAGUCCUGGAGUUUCCUUUGCCUGGCGAGGAUGAACGCUUCAAGCUGCUGAAACUCUAUCUGGACAAGUACAUAGCUCAGGCUGGGACAAGAAAAUCGGGCGUGUUUUCGCAUCUGUUUCACAAACAACCGCAGAAGAUAGAGAUUGAGGGUUUGACUGACGAUUUACUGAGGGAAGCUGCAGCCAAGACUGAAGGAUUCUCCGGAAGAGAGAUAGCAAAGCUAAUGGCAAGUGUACAGGCUGCUGUUUAUGGGAGCAAGAACUGUGUGCUUGAUCCAACCUUGUUUUGUGAAGUAAUAGAUUAUAAAGUUGCUGAACAUCAACAAAGAGGGAAACUAGCUGCUGCUGCUAAUGAAAGUAGCUCCUGAGGGGAGCGUUGUUAUAAUGCUAGAAACAUGAACAUUUUUCACUCUUCUUUUUGCAUUUCAAGCAAGAAUGAGCAGGUGAGUAUCUGCUUGUUCGUCAAUUGGCCAUUUUUAGCUUUUGGCUAACAUGUCGUCAUUAUUCACCCCUUUUUGCAGGGGAGUUUUGCUAUUGUUUGCUGUAGUUCCAUUAAUGAUAAUCUAUCACAAUAAUUAUGAAAAAUAUUCAAUGUAACCCAAUUUGAGGUCUUCCU